AAAAUAUCACUUGAUAUAUUUGUAUGCAUAACCGUGAGGAAAAAAGAGAGUCGAAGAUAUGGCUUUCCCGUUGUGUGCUUCGUCUGUCCAAGUUCUACACCUUUUCCCGCUACCUAAUCUCAUACCAGGGAAGUGGCAAAAUUGCAGAUCAAAAACUGUAAAUUCUUAUUUAUUGCACAAUAUAUUUCCUACUUCUAAGAAAAACACUUUGGUAUCGAAUUGUUGUUUGAAAAUGGGUUCAAAUAAUAAGUCGAAUGGAGAUUCGAAGUUGGUUUGGAUAUGGACAGAGAAUAAGCAAGUUAUGACAACUGCGGUCGAAAGAGGAUGGAGCACCUUCAUUUUUGACGCCAAUUCUGCAGACCUUGCUAAAGAUUGGUCUUCAAUUGCAUUGAUAAAUCCUCUGUAUCUCAAAGACGGAGCACUGUUAGACACGGAGAAUAGAAGUGUAGCCUCAUUCUUUCAGAUAUCAUCUCCUCAACAGUUAGAACAGAUGCUUCUCAUAAAUGAUUCCGAGAACACUGUCAUUCAUUUACUAGAUUGGCAGGUGAUACCUGCAGAAAAUAUCAUUGCUGCUAUUCAAGGAAAUGACAAGAGAGUUUUAGCUGUUGCUGAAACUGCCAUGGAGGCUCAAAAUUUCCUAGAGGCUCUAGAACAUGGUCUGGGUGGUGUUGUCUUAAAAGUUCAGGAUAUUGAUCCAGUUCUCAAAUUGAAGGAAUAUCUUGACAGGAGGAUUGAAACCAAAAAUUGUUUGACAUUGACAAAAGCAACUGUAAAUCAAAUACAUAUGGCUGGAAUGGGGGAUCGUGUUUGUGUGGAUCUCUGUAGUCUUAUGAAGCCUGGAGAAGGACUUCUGGUGGGUUCCUUUGCUCGAGGACUUUUUCUUGUUCACUCGGAGUGCCUGGAGACUGAUUACAUUGCUAGUCGACCAUUUCGAGUUAACGCGGGACCUGUACAUUCAUAUGUUGCUAUCCCUGGUGGAAAGACUUGCUACCUGUCCGAGCUAAAAGCAGGGAAAGAGGUGCUUGUGGUUGACCAGAAUGGACAGCAAAGAACUGCAAUUGUGGGCCGUGUUAAAAUAGAAACCAGACCAUUGGUUAUUGUAGAGGCAAAGGGUAGUUCAUCUGAUCAGAGUUCUUACAGUAUACUCCUACAGAAUGCAGAAACAGUUGGAUUCGUUUCCCCUCCCGAAGAACAUGGUACUCAAAGGGCUGCAGUUCCAGUAACUUCACUGAAAGCUGGUGAUGAAGUUUUGCUGAGAGUGCAAGGCGGAGCUCGCCACACUGGGAUAGAGAUUCAGGAAUUUAUUGUUGAAAAGUAAAGAUGCUGAUGAACUCCUUCCGUAGUUUCGGUCUCUUGUUCGAAAGUUUCCAGAUAUGUUCGAAUUUUGGUGAUAAAUGAUUUAAUUCUGCAGGAGCGUUCUAUUUCAGUGAUCUAUCCCUUGUCUAUUAAUAUGGGUUCAGGCAUAUUAAUCUCCCUUUGGCUUUUCAGGGAUUAUAAUGCACAACAUGGCAAUUUUUUUGUUCCACUAUAACCUUUGGCCGUUAGAUUUGACGGAAAAUAUUCCAUGUAAAAACAUUUUCCAAGUACAUUUAUUUCAUGGCUUGUGGUAAAUCUCAUUAGACUGUAUCUUGAUUUUAUUGUAAACCUUUACCACAAAUACAAAAGGCAAUCUAGAUUUUAGAAUAAAUCUA